UAAAAAUAUUUCUAUUUCAGAUAACUAGCGUUAAGUAUGUCGUCUGAUGAAGCGGAUCGUGAUGAUAUCAAGAUGGAUGAUGAUGACAGAGACCCCAUAGCAAUUCGCAGUAUUGUAACAGGUCCUGAGGCCGGAUCUAUUAUCGGAAGGAAGGGAGAGACCGUGAAGAAUAUUCGAGCUGAAUCCCAGGCUCAAGUAAAUAUCGAGGGGGACAGUCAGCUCGAGAGAAUAAUCACCGUGAGAGGGAAAACCGAUUCCAUUUUCAAGGCGUACACCAUGAUAUGCAAAGUUUUGGAGCAAAGAGAGAAAAGGGAGGACAAGGAAAAAUCCAGGAACAGGUCUGGAACUCCUGAUCCAGAUGAAUUGAAUCUCAAGGUUCUAGUUCCAGCAGUUCAAGUUGGAGCUCUCAUAGGAAAGGGCGGGGAGAAGAUUAAGGAAAUUAGAGCUGAGACUGGAGCAGAUAUCAAUAUCUCAUCUGAUCCUCUUCCAGGUUCUUCGGAGAGGGAAAUGAAGAUAAGGGGUAAAAGAGAACAGAUUACUAAAUGUAUAUUCCAUAUCUGCAGUAUUCUGAUGGAACAUCCUCCGAAAGUUGAUGUUCGUUUAUACAAACCGGAAUCACGAGACCAUCAGAGGGACAGGGACCGNGGGGGGGGUGAUCCCAAAACUAUCAAAUCAUAA